GCAAAAUCACAAACUUGUUGAUGCUUCUACAUACGCGUCCGUUGUUUCCCACAUAGGGGUCUAGUUACCUUUCAAGAAACCCUCUCCAAUAAUAAGGCCUUCAAGGCUGCAGCUGUCUAGCAUGUGUGUACUGGGGGAGGGCUGUGGAGGAUGGCAAGAAAAUUUUGGUGUUUCGCCUGUCAUAGUUUUGCCCAAAUCCGGCUUCUAAACAAGCCCGCCUCGCAACCCCAAUGGUUACUAUGUCAGACCACUCCCUUGCCCGUGCUUGUGCUGUCCCUGUUCGUUGUCUGUCUCUGACUCUCUCACAGGAGCUGAUCUAGUCUGAUCCUAUCUCCCUCCCACCCUCAAUCUGGUUAUCGAUUUCAGGGAUUUUGAGUUGAUGAUCUUAUCUGUCAUCUUCCUUCUCUGCAGAAAAGAUUCCAUCUCCCUCAAUCUGGUUAUCAACUUCAGGGAUUUGAGUUGAUGGUCAUCUUCCUUCUCUGCAGAGAAGAUUUCUCCAUUUUCCACACCAGCCCAUUUGAACCCUAAUUCCUAAACCCAGAAAACAGAGAACUCAAAAAUGCCUACUCUUAGGACCACCAUCACCAGCUUCACAAUUAUCCUUCUCCUCACCAUCUUCUCCCCCACCUCCACCAUCUCAUCUGUCACUAUACCCAUCUUAGGCCUGGAUUCCUUCCUCACCCAACAAUUCCGUCUCGACCCACAAGCCUCCAACGACACCUUCCGCUCUCUCUCCUCUUCCCUCAAGAAAUCCCUCUCCCACCAAUCCCUCACUUCUGUCUCGUCUCUCCUCUCUUCCCUCCUCUCCCUCGAAGUCUCUGUCUCCGUCAACGUCAAGCUCGUCGGCUCUUUUGCCCCCAAUUCUCAAUCCCUCCUCUACUCCUUCAUUUCCGCCGCCCUCUUCUCCGAUCAGUUCCAUGUCAUCGGCUCCUCCGACCCUCAUCGACUUGCUAUCAAACACUCCCUCCAUUUCGAUGCCUCUCCCUCCACCUCCCUCUCUUCCCAGAUCUUUGAAGCAAUUCGCGUUGAGAUCGAACGAUCUCCAUCUAGUCUCCGACAGUCUCUUCACUCCGUUCCUUUCUCCAUCGUCGAUCGAAUUGUUAAGAAGGAUUUCGAGAAGGAGAAGCCCGUCGAAGGGGUUUACAUUUAUUUGCUCAAUUUGAAUUCUCAAUCCAAGCCUUACGCUUAUAGCUAUGGCUCUGGGGAGUCUUCCCCAGCUUUUACCAGAUGCUUGGGCAAUAUAUGGUCUGGGAAAGAUCGGUACUUGUGGAUUGAUUUGGCUGCUGGGCCUGUUGAUUACGGCCCUGCUUUGUCUGGUGAUGGUGUCCUUCUAGGAGGAGAGUUUCAUCCGUUGGCGUCGUUACAUGGUCGUCCCAAGUCUCAGAAAACAUUGCUUGCGGAUUUGGCGUCUUUGGUUUGGAGUGCCUAUCAGGUACUGUUGGUUCCUUCUUUGAGGAUUCCUGUUCCGUUUGAGAAUUCGCUUAUAGUGGAGUUUAUUCAUGUUCAUGGGUCUGAAUUUAAGGACUUGCAUGGUUUGGACUGGAAAUCGAUUGAGAGAACGUUCAUGGAUGAGGUUAGUGAAGGGGGUUUAUUGUUGGGGGAUCAGUCGUUGAGGUUUAGGACUUAUGAGGUCGAGUUCUCGGACUGUUCGAUCUGUUCAUUUGCAAUUUCACGCUCGAUGAAUUCGUACACUUCGAGGUUCCUGUUUGAAAAUUAUACAUUGAUUGUAAGCGAGUAUUUGGAUUCGAAGCGUUUGCAUCAGAUACUAUCUGAUUCCGCCGAUCAAUUGAGGAAAUUGGCAGGGGUUCCGGAUGAGGAUUUUGGUAGGGUUCUUCCUGUUUAUGUGUUUGAUUUGGACAUCAAUAGGCUGUUGUUGCUCGAUCGGUACCAUCAGUCGGUUGCUUUUAGAGAUAUGGUUAUUGCAGUAAGAACAAGGAGUGGUCAGACAGUGAGUGAUUAUAGCUGUAAUGGCCGACAUGUGAUAACACAGACAAGGGAACUUGAGAGACCCCUCGUUGGUUCAAUACUCCAGAGUAUGUGGGGAGUGUCACCCACUCAUCUGUUGUGGAGCGCCAGACAUAACACUACCCUGGUGGAUUAUACUUGGAGUGUUGGCCAGACUCCGUUUGGGCCAUUUUCAGAUAUUUCAUCUUUGUCAUUUGUGCAGAAGGAUGCAGCUCGGAGAAAUGUUCUUUUGACAUCUUUGAAUUACACUAUCACAAGUGCAAUUGAUGUGCUUGACUCAAUAUCCACAUAUGGUGGAGACAGAAAUCUGUUCAAACAGAACCGACAUGUUGAGUUUGUGCAGAGGUGGAAUUUGUUCAAGUACAAAUUGGAUAAAGCUAUUUCUGCACUGUCUCAUUUGGACUUUGAAAUGGCUUUAUAUUUCUCGAGGACAUGUGAACAUGAUUUGUAUGCGCUCCACUCACUUGUUUACCAUACAUCACGAGAAUUGGAUGCCUCUCUUAUUUGCUUCAAGGAUCCUCCAUUUCCCUGGGCUUCAGUAUCAGUGGCUGGGGCUUGCAACCAAACGAAAUCCCAACACUCCUCUUUCUAGCGGUAUAACUGUGAUGUUUUAUUUAACCAGUCUGAAGUACAAGUCACAGCCUCAAAAGCGCAGGACCGGAGGACUCCAAACAGCUUUGGACAGAAGAGACACAGAUGAUGCUUCCUAGACUUCGACUCUGAGAUCUGAUCACCACCACUUACAUGCUUCUGGAGUGAGAAUGGACGUGAGUGAAGUAGUGAACCCGAAUCUACCGUGGGAGAAGACCUAGACUAUACAAGUCAUUUCCUCACUACAGUUAGAAUAUAGAACAAAUAUACAAGAAGCUGCAUUUAGUCAUUGCUCUUGCCGAUGUGCUCAACCAGAGCGUGCACUGUUUUGGUUCACUUUCUCGACCUUCUGUCACUGUGAUCUAGUCUUUUUUGCACGAAAGGAGAUCGAAAGCACAAGUUCGGCCUCAAUGUAGUGAACCAAGCAGUUGAUCCCACGUAGUUUAAUUCAAUCAGACUUGAAAAGGGAAGAACUGAGCGAUAAAAAGACUUCAGCAAAAGUGUACAGAAUGAUGAAAUAAGUGCAACAACGGCUAUUCAAUUAGAAAAAGGAUCCUAUCCUUUUUUUC